UGUUUCCGAUACCCAAUUUCGCCGACGAUUUUACCUUCAAAAUGGAAGAUACCCCAGUUAUGAGUGAUUAUAUUAGCGUAUCUGAAAAUGAAAGCGACGAGGCUGUUGAGAUACCAAGCGAGGAAGACGGAACACUGCUAUUAUCAACACUUGCGGCUCAAUUUCCAGGGGCAUGUGGUCUUAAAUUCAGGAACCCGGCUACAGGCAAUUUCCGUGGAGUCCGACUGAUUGAUGGAAAGUUGCAUCCACCAGACUCGGCAUGGGGAAACGACACAUACAUUGUUGUGUUUCCUCGACCAAACUCUUCACAGUCUGAAAUCCAAGAAACGGAGAACCAAAUUCACCAUAUCCAAAGUUUGGGUGAUAAUAAACGGAAGGGGGAUGACAUGGAGAAUCCUGUUAUAAAGACGAAACGAGUCGAGACUAGAAAUGUCUGCAGUGACCUGAUUGUCCUGGGCCUGCCUUGGAAAGCAACAGAAGAAGAUGUUAAAGCUUACUUCACUGACAACAUUGGUGAAGUUGUUUUAGCUCAGGUGAAACGUGAUGGCAAAGGCAAUUCCAAAGGGUUUGGCUUUAUCCGUUUCAGUAGCUACAAGGAUCAGCUGAAAUGUCUACAGCAACGCCACAUGAUCAUGGGUCGAUGGUGCGAUGUCAACAUCCCUAACUCCAACGUCAGUGCUAGUGAAACUGCACAGAGGGCUUUGAAUAGUAAAAUAUUUGUUGCCCGAUGCUCAGAAAAGAUCACAGUAGACGACUUGAGGACAUAUUUCUCCAAGUUUGGUGAAGUAACAGAUGUUUUCAUCCCACGACCCUUCCGAUCAUUUGCCUUUGUGACGUUCCAGGAUGCACUGGUGGCACAGAGUCUUUGUGGAGAAGACCAUAUUAUUUGUGGAUGUAGUGUCCACUUAAGCAGUGCUGCACCAAAAACCAACAGCAAAAUGGGUGGGGAUCGUCAGGGGGGCUUCCGUGGCAAUGACUUUGGACGGGGUGGUGGAAUGGGUAUGGGAAACAUGGGGAUGGGAAUGGGGAUGCCCCAGGGAGGUGGAGGAGGGCAAGGAUGGGGUCAGAGAGGAAACCGACCUCAAGGAAAUCCUGGAGGAGGAGAUGGAAAUGACAACAUGGGGAUGAAUUUCCUGAAUAUGAUGGCAGCUGCACAGGCAGUCUUGAGUGGACAAGGAGGUUGGGGACCACUGGGAAUGGGAGGACAGAACAAUAGUGGAAACACAGAGCCAUCAAUGGGACAGCCAUUCAAUAACACACCACGUCCUGACAGUGGAAAUAAUCAAAGGUCAUUCAGCAGUUGGGGAGCAGGGUCUGGGUCUGGAGGAUCAGGAGGAUCACAGUUUGAUGGUAACAACAGUGGGAGUGGUUCAGCCAGCGGUGGAAAUAGUGGGGGCAACAGUGGGGGUUAUAGCAGUAACUGGAGUGGACAGAACAGGUGGAACUAAUGAGGAAAUGAGAGAAAAUGGGGUGGAUGAGGGGUGACCAUUUUAAAGGGUGAUACUUUAAGGCUUAGGAAGGUUUUCACAAUACUCUCACCAUUAUCAUCACAGAUUCCAUCUUCAUCAAAUUCAUCUCAUCAAGGCAUCAAGAUUUUUGUAGUGUAACAUUUCUGGAAAAGAUUUCAUUGUGCAAAAAUUAAUGUUUACAUUUUGGUUAAAAUCUAUUGGGAAUAGAAAUUGGUACACAUUCCCCUCAUUGUUUUAGGGAGUGAGGGAUAAGUUUUCUUUGCUGUGAAGCAGUGUUUUCCUCAGCAUCAAAAUCAAGUAGUGUUAUGAGCAUGAAGGCAAGUAUUGAGACUGCUUUUUGCUUGGUUGAACUUGAGUGUUCGAGUGUAGUUAUAUUAUAUCUAGUUUGAGAGCUGAAGGAUCAUGAUAUCAUUUUUGGGGUUGAGAGCUUUUAGGCAAUUUCAGUAUAUCGGGUUGAGAGGGUACAGGAGAUAAAUUCAGACAGCAGUGUGAAGAUAGAGAAAAAACCGAUUGCACGGGAUCAUUCUGCAGACAGAGCGAGCUGGGCAGCAGUGAGAUGAGGAUAACUAGUAACCAUGAGAGUGAGGCAAAUAGCCGACUGAAUGACCAAGAACAUAUCGUACACAAGAACAUUGAGCAGACAUAGUUGAGUCAUGUGUUUUCUCAAUAAUUGCCUGUGAACGACGGUUAUCAUUCCGUGUGUGUAGACUAGUAUGAUCAAAAGUGUGUUAGACUGGCCGUAGAUUGAUUGAACUUGGUAUUUUUUUAGGGAAUAAUUUGUAUAUUUCAUUUUAACUAUAUAAUCGAUGAUGAGCAUUUUUGUACCUAUAGCAGUGAUAGCAUUUUGGAGUGAGAAGAACAUUCAAAUGAGUCAAUGACUUUCACAAAAAUAGCUGAGACUACAGUAUAUUUCUGUGCCAGGAAGAAUCAAUUUUAUAAAAGCGUGUUAUUUAGUUGUAAUUUCUGUUGUGAGUCUUGUGAUAGUACAUGUAUGUUGUAUGCAUGUGGAUAUAUAUAAUACCAUGUUGGUGAGAAA